AUAUUAAUUAUGUAAAUAGCAUGAAAUACAAUGGUAUGUAUGUAAAUUUCCCUUAAUCUUUAUGCAAGGAGCAUUCUGCCCGUGAGAGCAAACCCGAAAAAAAGCUCUGGAAAAUUGUAAGGAACCAGCAUUACCUUGACGAAUGGUGAAGCUCUGAUUCCAUUUGCCUGCAAAAGCGCUUAAUUUGGGAGAUAGUAAAGCAAUUACAUAUCGAAUUCGAAUCUAAAUGCUGCACUGCCGAAAUUUGAUCAAAGUAGAGAUCUUUAGAGCUCACAGUCAGUCCUUUAAUCGUUCCGGCAGUACUAUCCAGAACCCCAAGAAAAAAAAAAGGAAAAAAACGACUGCUUGAACUCUUUAAGCAAUUCGAACAAAUUACGAACUCUUCCACUAUCAAAUGUUUUGAAAUCUCAAUGGAUUUGGCUCACAUUUUCUGAAGAAAGCCAAUCGCUUUGAGAAAGAUAAAGGGACUAGGUAUCGUGGUGUUGAAUCUUUCGAUUUGACGUGUCUGGAAAUAAGUUCAUACCUUUCAGGUUCUUGUGUGAAUUUACAUCCGCUUUCUUUGUUAAUAGCUCCGAGGCUUUGAGCCCUAGAAUUUAAGAAUUGUAAAUCCCUCCUGAUCGACGGCCAGCAUCAAUUCAGUUUAUGUUGGGUAUUUUUUAGUUGACGAUGAAGUCCAACUCGCAAUUCUUCCAUGAAGACAUUUUGAUGAGCAAUAUUCUGGAGACUCAUGUGCCUGAUGGCCGUCAAGUUGAUUCUCAUCUAUUACUCCGUAUCGUCGAAGAGAUUCUCUGUAAAAUCAAGGCUCCCACUGUGGUAAAAGCUUGUCUCCUGAAACUUGCUAACCAUGAAAAUUCUCAGUCGGAGAAGUUUUGCUCUGGAAUCCAACAUGACAUUGGGAACGCCGAUGCCCAAAAAGAGCAAUGGCAGCUGGUUCAUCAAGUCUCAAGUGAGAUGUUGCUUAGUAGCUCCAAAGAUCGGUCUUCACAUGCAACAACAAUGUCUGUGCUAGAACUACUGGGGAACCAUUCUUGGGCUGGAAAAGUUGUUUUAGUUCUUGCUGCAUUAGCAAAGUGCCAUGGAGAUUUUUGGCUCAUCGCCAGGCUUUUUCAAACUGAUGUGUUGGCCUUAUCAUUAGCUAUGCUAAAAGGACUUGCUAGAAUUUUUGGAGCUGAUGAAUUACAUCAGCAUUGGUUGGAAUCUUUGAGAUCUUUGGCUGAGGGAAUGGUGGAUGUAACAAAAAUAGUGAUUGAGUUUGAAGCUCUCCCAAUGCAAUAUGUGACACUGGAUGAUGGAGCAUUGGCUGUAAUGAAGGAAAACAUCCAAAUAGCCUGCUACUGGAUGAUCAGAAGUUCUAUAUCAUGUUCUUCUCAAAUCACUAGCAUGGUUGCAAUGAGUAUCAAGGAAUUAAGCUUGACAUGUCAAACAUGGGAGCUGUGGAGUUUAGCCUAUAAGAUCAACCAGUUACAUGCUCACUUACAGAAGCAAUUGGAUGAUUUUCACCUCCACAUUGAGAAAAACAUAGAUUCACAGCUUAUGCAUUUGUUUGAGGAGGUCCAUGUUGAUAAUCAAAAAGUUCUUCGCACCUUAUUUGCUCCUAAGGAUGACUUUCCACUUUUGGAUGCGUUCUCAAAUCAAAAGGUAGGCGUUUCUAUUCUACAAAACAAAGAAAUCCUCCUCUUCAUCUCAAAGCCUGAAGUGAAGUUUGAUAGGUUUCUCCUUAUCAUGCAACAACUACAAAGCUACUCCAGGAAUGGGCAAGAGAAACCAUAUGAAAUUGUUUGGGUUCCUAUCGUAACCACUGCAACACAGUCUAACAUUGAUGAGAGAGCCUUUAGUCAUCUAGCAGAGAUAAUGAUAUUCUACUCUAUCAAUCAGCCUACAAAACUUAGCUUAUCAGUGAUAAACUUUAUUCAUGAGGUGUGGCAUUACCGAGGAGAUCCUAUAAUGGUGGUUUUGGAUUCAACAGGUAAGGUUAUAGCUUCAGAUGCCUUCGAUAUGAUAUCAGUAUGGGGAGAAAAAGCUUACCCGUUUUCAGUUUCAAGAGAAAGAGAGCUUUGGGAAGUAGAAAACUGGACUAUAGAAGUCCUGCUAAAUGGGAUUCACCCUCUCCUGUCGUACUGGACACAACUCAUGUCCCAAACUCACCUGGAAGCGGAUGUCCAUGAUGGUGCAAAUCAGACUGGACUUAUCUUAAUGCUAGAAGCCAUUGCUUUCACCGUUCACAGGAUCUCCUGUGAGGUGACAUACAAGUGCUCGAGUGGUGGAGAAGCCCAUACAACAACUAUGGCUGUGUUCCAUGUUUUAUCAACCUACACUUGGGACGCAAAGGCAGUAAUGGCCUUGGCAGCGUUGGCGGUGAACUAUGGAGAGUUUUGGCUGACAGUGCAGCUCCACACUGUGAACCCCUUGGCCAAAUCUUUGGCCCUCCUGAAGCAAGUUCCUGACAUCAUUGAGCACACCAAUGUCCUCAAGCCUAGAUUUGAUGCCAUUAACAACCUCAUAAGAGUCAUGGUCGAUGUCACCGAGUGCAUCAUUGAGUUUACUGAACUUCCUUCUGAGUAUAUCUCCCCAGAAUCUCCUGAAAUGGGAACGGCCAUGACUCAUAUCCCAACUGCUGUCUACUGGGUCGUUCGAGGCGUCGUUGCGUGCAUCUCCCAGACAAUUGCGCUCGUUGGAAUUGGCCAUGAGUACAUCAGCUCAACAACAGAGGCAUGGGAGCUCUCCACAAUAGCUCACAAACUUGCCAACAUUCAUGGUCACCUCACCAAGCAACUUGAACUUUACCACAAACACAUUGAGGAAAAGAUGCAUCACGAAGCCUACCAAACACUGGUUCGGCUUUUCGAAACCAUCCACAUCGAUAACAUGAAGAUCCUCAGGGCACUCUUCUACUCCAAGGAUGAUCUUCCCCUCUUAGAUGGCUUCACAAAGAAGAGGGCCAGUCUUGACGUGUUGAGAAGGAAAAUUGUGAUGCUUUUCAUCAGUGACCUCGACAUUAGACAUGAGGAGCUCUUUGUUCUCGUACAGAUAUAUAAUGACACACACCAUGGAAAGGCUGAACGGCUAUAUGAAGUCGUCUGGUUGCCUGUGACUGACAGGGAUCAUCCCUGGACUGAAAACAGAGAAGCAGAUUUCAAUCGUUUAGUCUCAAAUAUGCCAUGGUACACACUUCACCAUCCCUCGCUUCUCCAGCCCCCAGUUAUCAGGUACAUAAGAGAUGUUUGGCAUUUUGACAAGAAGCCUAUUCUGGUGGUCUUAGAUCCCCAAGGAAAGGUUGUUUGCCCCAACGCUAUUCACAUGAUCUGGAUAUGGGGAAGCCUGGCCUAUCCCUUUACCAGCAGCAGGGAGGAGGCUCUGUGGAAGGAGGAGACAUGGAAGCUCGAGCUCCUAGUCGAUGAAAUCGACCCUGCCAUUCUGUCCUGGAUAAGAGAAGGACAGCAUAUUUGCCUCUAUGGCGGGGAUGACAUCGAAUGGAUUAGGAAAUUCACCAAGCUUCUAAAGCAAGUGGCGCGUGAAGCCAAGGUUCCCUUAGAGAUGGUGUAUGUGGGAAAGAGCAAUCCUAAGGGGGUUAAAAAGGCGACGGCACUCAUCAAGGCUGAAAACCUGAGUAACUACUGGGAGGAUCCCGCAAUAAUAUGGUUCUUCUGGGUUCGGCUGGAGAGCAUGUGGCACUCUAAGAUGCAGCGUGGAAGAAGCAUUGAGGAUGACCCAAUCAUGGAGGAAGUAAUGCAGAUGCUCAGCUUCGACGGAAGUGAUGAGGGUUGGGCAGUAAUCAGCCAUAGUUCCUAUGAUAUCUUGAAGUCGCAUGGAAAGACGCUCUACGACUGUUUAUUGAACUUCGAUAACUGGAAGGAGAAUGUUGAGCUCGAGGGGUUCAUACCGGCACUCGCCAAGGCCCUGCUUCCUUACCACACCCAUGAGCAUUGCACGCGCCUCAUCCUUCCAGGUGAUACACAGCAAAUCAAGGAGAAAGUGAUCUGUGCUCAGUGCAAGCGUCCCAUGGAGAAAUAUGUGCUCUACCGCUGCUGCAAAGACUGAGCUAGAACACUAGCGUUUUCUGCCAUUAUGGCUUCAUCCCGCACGACGAAACUGCUAUUAGAUACUAUGGUGUGAUUAACGUUUAAAUUUUUAAAAUUUGCUUGUCUUUUAUGGAGUGAGACCGUUGUGUUCAUGGUUUGUAUUCUACGUACGUUCGCAAUUGUUAAAGGUCAACGGAGAAAACUAUACAGUCUUUCUGUACUUUGCCAAUUUAAAGCUCUAUGAUAUUUUGUAUUGCAUCAAAGCAAGUUAUGAA